AUGCAGCUCUGCCCCGGAUCAGGCCGGUGGUACGGCACCAAGCAGCUCGGACUCGUGUGUCGUCUGCAUGGCACAAGCCUGCAUUAUGACGAGCUGCGCCAGGCGCGCCAGCGGCUGCUGGAGCUGCUGCCAGAUGCCGGCCACGGCUCGGUGGAGCUGGAGUCGGCGCUCACCGCCUACCUGGCGCUCUUCACGGCCUUCCUGCAGGCACCCGACGAGCCGGGACAGGAGAGCAAACUGCGGCACGUGCUCCGAUUCCGCUGGACGCACACGCUGCUCGGCAACACCCCCGAGGCUCGCCAGGAUGCGGUGUUCGAAGUCGUCAGCAUGUGUCAAAACGUGGCACUCUGGUACAUGAAGCGCGCUGCCAGGAUCGCUGGAAAGGAAGGGAUCACCAUGGAGGAUGCCAAGGAGGUCCACGGCAGCCUGCGGCGCGCCGCCGGACUCGUGAAGGCCGUCCACGACCGCUACAUCGGUCAGCUGCAGGACGAACCGCUGAAGGAGGGCGACUGCGACACGCGUGUCAUCACCGCCACCAUCAACCAGUGCACCGCCGAGGCGCAGGAGGUGACGAUGGCUCGCGCCAUCGAGCUGAAACACUCUGCGGGCCUGUGCUCGGCGCUGGCCCACGAGACGUCCAAGAUGUUCACCACGGCAGCCGACGCCCUGCGCUCGCUGGACCCCAGCAAGGUGGAGCGCUGGAGCAAGUACCUGCAGCUCAAGGCGGCCGUCUACACCGCCUAUGCGUACAACUAUCUGGGCGAAAACCUGCUGGCAGAGGACAAAUGUGGAGAGGCCAUUCGCUGUCUGCAGGAGAGCAAGAAAUUUUACGGCGAGGCCGAGGAGCUGUGUAAACAGUACGCCACCGCCAAGGGAGUGGGCGCAAAGGUGAAGCCCGAGCGGCUGCUCUUCUUCAGGAAACUCGGCCCCGUCCUCAACCGGACGCUGGAGAAGUGCGAGCGGGAGAACGGCUUCAUCUACCACCAGAAGGUGCCGUACGACGCGCCGCCGCUGGAGCUGCGCGACAACACGUACGGCCUGGUGGCGCCCGAGGAGUUCGGCAUGCCGGCGCCGUCGCCGCUCUGGACGCCGGUCACGUUCGCCGCGUUCGACGUCAGCCGGCUGGGCGACCGGGCCGCCGACGCGAAGAAGGCGGCGGCAGCUGAGAAGGCCGAGGGCGAUCUGCCGCCGGUCAAAGAGGUCAACGAGAAUGACACCGACAAGGACCAGGACAACCACAGUGGGUGCGUGCUCUCCUAAACUGGCCCUCCCCUGCCCGUCGGUACCGGGGCCCGUGGGCAUGGAGCCAGAUGGAGCCAGUGCUGGCCUAACUACCCUACCCCUGCCCGGCGGUACCGGGGCCCGUGGGGAUGGAGCCAGAUGGAGCCAGUGCUGCGGGCGCGUGCUGGCCCAACUACCCUGUCCGGCUGUGCGGGGCCCGUGGGAUGGAGCCAGUGCUGCGGGUGUGUUGGGGCCGACGCUCUCCUUCCCUCCCCGUGCUGCAGGCGCGGGUCUUGUAGGAACAGUUGGAGCAAUUCAGAGGGGGCGUGGUAAAUUACCAGAGAUGGUGUGGCCGCUAUACCAGCGCAGGUGCUGCGGGGUGGCCGCUACACGAGCGCAGGUGGGCACUGUGUGAUCUUCUCUUCUUGGCGUGUUAAUUCGGAGUUUAACCGCGUAUCGAGUUCCGAAACCUACGCCACUUUUAAUAAUCAGUAUUCUUGGAUACAUGCCAGCCUGAAAGUAAGGACGCUGUCUUGAUCUGUGAACAUUCAUCGGGAUGCCUUUUCAAUGGGAUAUUUGGCGUUGCA